AUGGUCGUCCCUCCGUCCACUGGAGGGUCGACCACGGCUGGCACGGCCACUCGUUCGACCAACACUCCUAAUGGCACAUCCCGACCCAAAUCGUCCAAUGCACCUAACGGACAACAUGCGGCACCGAAUAAUGCGUCCGUUCCUCUGAGCGCGCGCAAGUCGCAGCCCUUGGAUAUGUCGACGGUGGAACGGAAAGUCUUGUCCUCGAUGAGUCGAGAAACGCCCAAGCGAUCACGCCCGAUGGGCAUUCAGGAAGCCCCAACCUACCGCCCGACGUCCGAGGAAUUCAAGGAUCCGAUGGAAUAUAUUCGCAAAAUAGUGCCAGAAGGCAUGAAGUAUGGCAUAGUCAAAGUGGUUCCGCCGGAUGACUGGAACCCCGAAUUCGCAAUCGAUACUGAGCGCUUCCACUUCCGAACCCGCAAGCAGGAGCUUAAUUCGGUCGAGGGCGGGACUCGCGCGAACCUGAAUUAUCUAGACCAACUAGCCAAAUUCCACAAGCAACAUGGUAACAAUCUAAAUCGAUUUCCGAGCGUCGACAAACGUCCUCUCGACUUGUACAAACUCAAAAAGGCCGUGGAGGUUCGCGGCGGAUUCGACAAGGUCUGCAAGCUGAAGAAAUGGGCCGAAAUCGGAAGAGAUUUGGGUUACAGUGGCAAGAUUAUGUCUUCGCUGUCCACUUCAUUGAAGAACUCUUACCAGAAAUGGUUACAUCCCUAUGAAGAAUAUCUGAGAAUUGCCAAGCCCGGUGUCCAGCAACAACUGGAGAUGGAGUAUGGUGGUCCUCUGACCCCAUCUCCCGCCACAUCACCGAUGAAGAAGACAAAUCAAGCGUCGCCGUCACGCCCAAAGGAAAACUCGCCCGCCAUGCGUGCUACAGCUGCUCUCUACAACCGCCUCAAAGAACCAGAUGAUGGUGAGAAGAGCUCAUCUGAGAAUGAUGCGCCACCACCACCUUUCAGAUCAUCUGGAUUUACCGCUGUCAAUACCGGUGGCUUCACGCCGGUCAAUGCCACAAACGGAAUCAAGCGCGAACCGGAAAUUGAGGCGACGCCGCCUACCCGGUCAAAAGCUACGCCCACCAGCUCGGCUAAGAAUACUCCGGAUUGUCGCUCCUCCGCCUUGAGCGCGACGCCUGUAACGAAUGGGCAUUCCUCGAAUCGGCUUAAACGACAGUUGGGCGAAGAUUCACCUGACCGGGACUCCCCUUCGGACCAGGCGAAUGGGGAUAGCGAUAAGCAGGGUCGCAGGAGCAAGCGACUGAAGAAGGAAUCAACUGCGCCGACUGUUGCCGGAUCUUAUAUGACCUUUCGGCCUUCAACGCCCCGUGUUCCUGGGGAGAUGAACGGCAAGCCCGGCGAGAAAUGCGAAACGUGCGGUAAAGGCGAAGACCCAAAGUCUAUUCUCCUCUGUGAUAGUUGCGAUGUGGGAUAUCACAAAUACUGCUUAGAUCCCCCUCUCAAAGCCGUCCCUGAUUACGACUGGCAUUGCCCGCGCUGCUUAGUUGGCACUGGCGAGUUUGGUUUCGAGGACGGUGGGAUAUAUUCUUUGAAACAGUUCCAGGAAAAAGCGAACAACUUUAAAGAAAAUUACUUUCUUCCGAAAAUGCCAUUCGAUCCAGUCCUCAACUCCAAGCGGCCAGUCACAGAAGAUGAUGUCGAACGGGAGUUCUGGAGGCUUGUGGAAAACCUCACAGAGACCGUUGAGGUCGAAUACGGAGCAGAUAUUCAUUCGACAACACAUGGAAGCGGCUUCCCAACGAUUGAAAAGAAUCCCCUGGAUCCCUACUCUACGGAUCCUUGGAAUCUCAACAUCCUCCCCCUGCAUCCUGAGUCUCUUUUCCGACAUAUCAAAUCCGAUAUUUCCGGCAUGACGGUACCCUGGCUCUAUGUGGGAAUGUGCUUUUCAACAUUUUGCUGGCACAAUGAAGACCAUUUUGCUUAUUCAGCGAAUUAUCAGCAUAUCGGCGCUACCAAGACGUGGUAUGGCAUUCCUGGCGAGGAUGCAGAAAAGUUUGAGGAUGCCAUGCGUGAAGCAGUGCCGGAGCUUUUUGAAACCCAGCCAGAUUUAUUAUUUCAACUUGUGACACUCUUGCCUCCUGACCGACUUCAAAAGGCCGGCGUUAGGGUGUACGCGCUAGAUCAGCGAGCGGGUCAAUUUGUUCUGACUUUUCCCAAAGCCUAUCAUGCGGGUUUCAACCAUGGCUUCAAUGUCAACGAAGCCGUAAAUUUUGCCCCGAAUGACUGGGAACCCGACGGCGAAGCUGGCGUGGAAAGGCUGCAGGCGUUCAGGAGGCAGCCCUGUUUCUCCCACGACGAGCUAUUACUUACAGCCGCGGCACGGGACACCACCAUUAAAACCUCAAAAUGGCUGGCCCCCGCACUGGAGCGAAUGAGGGACCGUGAGCUCGAUCAACGCCAAGAGUUUCUGCGCAAACAUAAAGAGCCCAACGACCACUACUGCAAGGUCGAUGAGCCAGGCGUUGAUUCAGGUCCGCGAUGUGAUCUCGGCUUCGAGAUGGAUGAUCAGGAUGUGCCAGAGGAGGAGUAUCAGUGCUGUUAUUGUAAAGCGUUCAGCUACCUUUCGCGCUUUCAAUGCACAAAGACAUCCAAGACUCUCUGCUUGUUGCAUGCUGGCCAGUAUGCCUGCUGCGAGGCUAGCGAAGAAGAUCGCUUGACAGGCCCGCAUCACACAUUGAGGUACCGUAUGACUGAUGAAGCUCUUGAGAGUUUAGUACAAAAGGUUGUGGACCGAGCAAGAGUGCCAGAAGCAUGGGCUGAAAAGCUAGCCAGAACAUUGGACGAUGACCCGAGACCGUCCCUCAAAGUCUUGAGAUCACUCUUGAGCGAAGGCGAAAGAAUCCCUUUUGAGCUUCCACAACUUCCUACCCUCAAGGCGUUUGUUGAGAGGUGCAAUGACUGGGUAGAAGAAGCGACAAAUUACAUUACUCGCAAGCAACAAAAUCGCCGAAAGAAUGAAAAGGCUUGGCGAAAGGGCAAUUCUUCUCGCGCGGCGGAAAUGGAGGAGCGCGACAAAGAGCUGCGCAAGAUUGAAAAUGUCCAUAAAUUGCUUGCUUCGGCUGACGACAUUUCUUUUGAUUGUCCAGAGAUUACGACGCUACGAGAGCGAGCUGAGGCGAUUAAUGAUUUCCAACGAGAUGCACAGAACGCUCUCCUCGAUCCCCGUCUCCGUACAACGCAAGAGUUUGAAGAGCUUGCCGAGAUGGGGAAAGGCUUCAAUGUGGACAUUCCCGAAGUGGAGAAGCUUGAUAAAGUCGUUCAGCAGAUGAAGUGGAAUGACCGAGCGCAGGAGCUUCGUGUUCAUUUCCAGACACUGCAGGAGGUGGAGGAUUUUAUACAAAAGGGAAUCGACCUUGCGAUCCCUGAGCACAAUGAGCACCUCAUCUUCUUCAAGGAUCAGAAACAGGCGGGCGAACUCUGGGAAGCAAAGGCAAAGGAGCUCAUUUCCGUCGAAGUGGUUCAUUAUCAGCAAUUGGAAGCACUUUCAGGCCAGGCUUCUUCAAUUCCCGUCACUCGAGAAACGCUUGCGGCAGUGGAUGGCAUCUUGACCAAGCAAAGGGAAGCCCACAAGCAGAUUGUGUCUCUUUAUGAACGAAGCAAGGACCCUAUUUUUCGCAAGCGUCCCACCUACAAAGCCGUGAGGGAUGUCAUGGAAUCUUUGGCCGAGCUAAAUAGCAAGCCGACCGGCACGAUUGAUCUCGAAAAGGAGCAGAAGCGUCAUGAAGACUGGAUGCGAAAGGGCAAGAAGCUUUUUGGAAAAGCAAAUGCUCCGCUGCACAUUCUCAAAAGUCAUAUGGAACUAGUGGCUAGCCAAAAUGAGGCUUGUUUUAGCCUCUCCGAUCGCCCAAGGACCCCGGUUGAGCCUUCUUCGAGGGAGCACACGCCCGACGACUCACAGUCUGUCGAUGGCUCAGGCUCAAGUAAAGAUGUGUUUUGCAUCUGUCGCAAGCCCGAAGCUGGAAUGAUGAUUGAAUGCGAGCUUUGCCAUGAAUGGUAUCACGGAAAGUGUUUGAAGAUUGCCCGGGGCAAAGUAAAAGAGGACGAUAAAUACACUUGCCCCAUUUGCGAUUGGCGGGUCAAAAUACCCCGUGAUGCUGCGCGACCAAAAUUAGAGGAUCUUCAAGACUGGCAGGCCGAGAUACCAAACCUGCCUUUUCAGCCAGAUGAGGAAGAUAUUCUUGAAAGCAUCAUCAAUGCAGCUCAGGAGUUUCGGGACUUUAUGCGGCCCCUGAUCAAUCCCAUGAUGACGACGCCAGAAGAAGUCAUGACUCAACGCUUCUAUCUCCGGAAAAUCGAGGGUGCGGACAUACUUCUUGCCUAUGAAACGAACUUUUUCCGACAAGAGUUGCACAAGUGGGCCCCGGUAGCUCCUGAACCGCCUCCAAUUCUAGAACAGUCAUUGUCGACUCGGAAACCUCGUCCAACAAAGCAGCAGAAAUUGAUGGCUCAGCUCGGUAUUGAGAAUCCGGAAGAUUUACCGCAGCACCUCCGGACAAAACAACACAAUUUUAAUAAGCGCAAGAGCAGCGAGCCUCAUGUGAAACAGCCACCGCCGCUCCAGCCAGCUCCAGGACGUCCCACUACUCCACUGGGACUGCGGCAUUCAGCUUCCUCCGGUAAUCCACCGCACCCUUCUCUCGUUGGGCAACCUCCUCCAGCAGACCAGCAUGGGCCGCAGUUUACUUAUGACGGCCACUUCAGCAUGUCUGGUCCGCCACCCGAUCAGCCAGCUUUUGCGCCGAGCACCUCGUUUAUGCCCGGACAUCCCCCUGAGCUAGAUUCGCCAAACUUUUCUUCCAGCAUGCGGAGCGGUUCUGUCCUUGAUCCAGCUAUUUUCAGUGGGCCUGGUUUUGGCCGAGGCGAUCAAGUUGGCAGCCCAUUAUCAAACCACUAUGGCAGUAGCCAGGGUGCCAACCUCGACUCCAUAUUUGCGGACCUCACGAAUCAAGACGCGGACGGCAUUGGGAGCAGUCACGCCAAUGAGGCACUGGCUGUUUCGGGAGCCGAUGACGACCGUACCGACGAGGACGCAGACCAAGAAGAUCAGAUGCUAGCGGAUGAAUUUUUAAAUUAA